CGCGGUCGCUCUCGUUCUCAACUCUCAACCAAAGGCAAACCAACCAGCACCCCAGCAGCGCGCGCGGGGCAAUGGCGGACCCCGUCGAGCUCGUGCGCCGCCUCUGCCUCCGUUUCCCGCCGCGGCUGCCGCCUCCGCGGCGCUCCAGGGUGCCGCCGCCACAGUCGCGAUGCCUCGUCAGGGCUCGCCUCCGCCUCCAGCGCUCUCCCCUGUCGCUCCGGUGCCGCGCGCUCGACGCCAGCAAGUCGUCGGCGGUCAAGGGGGAGCCGAGCGAGGAGUACGACGAUGAUGACGAGGAGCCGUACUUUUCCGUGACAUCGUCGAGGCUGUCAGAGGUGGACUACCUCGGGGAGAGCACCAAGGGGGAUUUGAACGUGCGCAGGAGGCACCUCGAUGCGCUCGGUGGGAAUGGAAAGUCAACAUUGCAUGGUCCUAUAGAGGAGAUAGCUUGGAAAGAAGCAAGACAAGCUGAAACGUUGCUCAGUGACCUGGGAAUUGCAGAUCCUUUAACAGUAAGGAACUCUCCUCGUGGAAUUUUCUGCACCAGAACACUAAAUCUUCGAUCUAUCAGUGUCAUUGGCUAUGACAUGGAUUAUACAUUGAUUCAUUACAACGUCAUGGCCUGGGAAGGGCGGGCAUAUGAUUAUGGGAUGGCCAACCUGAAGAGCAUGGGUUUUCUAGUAGAUGACCUUGAAUUUGAUCCUGACCUGGUUAUUAGGGGUCUUAUUAUGGAUAAAGUAAAAGGAAACUUGGUAAAAGCUGACCGUUUUGGGUACAUCAAGAGGGUCAUGCAUGGUACCCAAAUGUUGCCCACUCGUGCUGUGAGUGAAAUAUAUGGACGAGAGUUGGUGGACCUGCGGAAAGAAGAUACGUGGGAGUUCCUCAAUACCCUUUUCUCUGUUUCAGAAGCUGUCAUGUUCAUGCAGAUGGUUGACAAGUUGGAUCAGGGGUUGGUGCCUGCUGAACUUGGGCCACUGGAUUACAAAGGGCUGUACAAUGCUGUUUCCAAAGCACUCUUUCGAGCACAUGUAGAAGGUCAACUCAAGAGCGAAAUAAUGGCUGAGCCCGAGCGAUUUGUAGAGCCUGAUCCAGAACUGCCUCUAGCUCUUCUAGAUCAAAAAGAGGCUGGAAAGAGGUUACUUCUUAUUACUAACUCAGAUUACCACUAUACAAACAAAAUGAUGAAUCAUGCAUUCAAUCGCUUUCUUCCUAAUGAUAUGGGAUGGAGAGAUCUAUUUGAAAUGGUUAUAGUCUCCGCAAGGAAACCAGAGUUUUUCCAAAUUUCGCAUCCCUUGUAUCAAGUUGUCACUGACGAUGGAUUAUUGCGUCCCUGUUUUAAAGCAAAUUCAGGUGGCCUGUACUCUGGUGGUUGUGCUCAGAUGGUUGAGAAGUCACUAGAUAUUCAUGGAGAUGAAAUAUUAUAUGUGGGGGACCAUAUUUUUACAGAUGUCAGCCAAUCAAAGGUUCAUUUACGAUGGAGGACAGCAUUAAUAUGCCGUGAACUGGAAGAUGAGUUUGACGCACUAAUCCAAAGCCAUGGUCAGAAAGAAAAGCUUGUCACGCUCAUACAGCAAAAGGAAAUUGUCGGAGACCUUUUCAACCAACUUCGCCUGGCUCUUCAGAGACGCAUAAAUUCACGUCCUGCACAGACGCUUGCUGCAACUUGUAUGAAUGACCAGGAGCUUACAGAAAGUAUGCAAAAGUUGCUCAUUGUUAUGCAGAGAUUGGAUGAAAAGAUCGUGCCAUUGCUGGAAUCAGAUGGAGAACUUUUCAAUAAAAGAUGGGGUUGGCUGUCACGUGCUGGCCUAUGGGACAAGAGUCAUCUAACCAGGCAAAUUGAGAAAUAUGCUGAUAUAUACACAUCAAGGGUCUCAAACUUUCUACACUAUACUCCAUUCAUGUAUUUCCGAUCACAAGAACAGACGCUUGCACACGAUGUCCAUUCUUAUUCUCGCGGUCAAUAAUAUUGGUGCCAACGGGCUCCCUCUAUGUGAGUCACGCGUGGAGACGAAGUGAUGGAAAGAAGAAGAAUUGCAAGGGAACUGAUCAUGACUGUGUGGCCGUAGUUGCUGGGCUGCAACAAGCUCCUGGAUACAGUGCAAGCUCUGCUGAUUUAGGAGAUGUUGCCACGUGUAAGUAAUUUUUAUGGCCUCGUGCAUGUAUAGGUAAAGCCAUUAGCUAGUUGUAAGUUUUUACACGAUUAGAUUCCUACAGUAGGCGAUGACCGUAGUCGUUUGUUUUGGUUUAGUUUUAUUUGGUUGGGAAUAAGAAUGAUGACCAGUGUGAUUUUUAGCGGAUCAUGUGAAGUGUUACAGUGGAGAUCCGGCAAAUUAUGCAACAUAUUUUGUGCAAAACAUAUGUAUAAAGACGAUUGAAUCUCUAUUCAUGGAUGAAAUAUUUAUUUCUCGUUGCAA